AGAUGAGCAGCGGCCGUUCUAUGAYUUGCUUUCACUGUCAGUGGACCUAUAGGUCUCUCCUAUGCAAACAAUCAAUGCCAAACUCAUGUGCAAUGAGCAUUGUCAGAGCAUGUGGCUCGAAGCAUAAAGACGUUUUGAAAGUUAUUGGCUAGGGAGAGGCUGUAACAACACUCCUGACCAGUAAAACAAAUUACCAAAAUCUAAUGUUUAACCAAUUCUGAAAUGAUAUAUCGUUUUUCAGGUCAGGAGUGUUCGUAUAGACUUUUCCUAUAGGGUUAUCCCACUGCUGCCACCAUUUUUUAAAUGUAACCUUUAUUUAACUAGGCAACUAACCAUUGCAGUGAUUCAAUGAGGGGGAAUAGCCAGGUCCUGAACCAGCUAUUCUGCAGUCAAGGUAAGUGCACUACCUCCUGUGCCAUUCAGACCUCUUGGUAGAGGCAAUGGUAUGCUUAAAGAUUGAGUUGAAUUACUUUGAUACAUUUCCUAAACAGAUAGGCAUACAUCCUAUUUAAUCCAUCUACUGUCACGCAACAAGCUGAUCUCAGCCUAAAUUAUCUCCAGUGGCCCAGUAGCCUGAAGGGACCCUCGUUCACAUUCAGCUAAUGGAAUUGUAAACUAGACGACAUAUAUUUUUACGCACGUGGUACGCGUUUUAAAUGAUCAACUAAACAUGUUACGAUAUGACAACUGGAGGUUAUGACAGCUAGAAAYCCGAAACCACGGGCUACAACUGUCCAACUCGUGAAUUCCCCAAGACCCCUAAGCGGUUUGCCAGCCCACCUCUCCCUGAAAGUAAAUGGAAAAACACAAUCCCGUUCUAUUGGCUAGAGGAGACAAAUGCGCAACUUGGAUGAAUGCACUUAUCAUGGUCGCCAAUCUCCAACGCGUAAAAGGAACUCUUUUCUCAAUCUCUUUGUGUUUUAUUGCCACUGUAGUGGUCGCGCAGUAUGACAACUACAACUUUAGACAUUUCCCACAAGAGGAGCUCAUUCCAAUCGAGUCUGCGUAUGCACAAGGCUUGGACAAUUAUGCCUCAGAAAAUUGGACGGACUGUAUCAAAUUCAUUGAAUUAAGUUUACGCCUGCAUCGGCUUCUGAAAGACAGCGUGACAUACUGCAUACAAAACUGUAAUGSCAGUCAUGUACAGUUACAGGAGCCUGUCAUGGCCAGCACCACCGGGGAUAUGCAGAUCUUCUGGCGCAUUUUGAUGCGAGCAUCAUGCCUGAAAAAGUGCAGGACGCACUUCCCUGCGCUCUCGCUCCCUUACCCUAGAAAAGAGGUGAUGGAUGAUUUCGAUAAUAGGUCGCCCUACCGUUACAUGUACUUUGCUUAUGUCCAGAUGGAUGACCUCCAGAAGGCGUUGGCGUCAGCCCACACCUAUCUACAGAGAAACCCAGAGGACCCGGUCAUGACACAGCACAUGAACCAAUACAAAAGAGAGUUUGACUUGGCGGGCUAUCUCAUUGACCACGAGGAACGCCCCUAUGAGGUUAGCUUCCUGAAAGCGGUCACCUUGUUCAACUCUGAGGACUUCAGCAGCAGUAUCAGUCACAUGGAGCAGGCCCUCAGCCAGUACCUCCAGCAGUACAGCCUGUGUCAGGCCAUGUGCCAGGGGGCCUGCGACGCCGACCUCCCCCAAACUAAAGACCUGUACCCCACACUGGCAGAUGCCUAUGUUGAUGCACUGAGAUGCGAGGUGAAGUGUGAGGAAAACCUAAUGCCAAAUGUUGGCGGCUACUUUGUGGAGAAAUUCAUCGCCACUAUGUAUCACUACCUGCAAUUUGCUUAUUAUAAGUUAAAUGAUGCCCGCAGUGCGGCCCCCUGUGCGUCCAGCUACGGGCUCUUUGACCCUGAGGACAAGGUCAUGAGGGAGAAUAUGUUAUACUACCAGUCUUACAGAGAGCAGUGGGGCCUGGAUGACCACAGYUUCACACCCAGGGUGGAAGCAUUGAGGUACUACAACCAUACCACCUUGCUGAAACAGAUGCUGGCAUUUGCAGAGAACUACUUGCAGUCUGAUGAGGACUUUUUGGGUCCGGAAGAAGCUGCCAUGGAGGACUCCUCUGAUGUUGAGUUUGAAGGGCUUGGAGACUAUCAGGAAUCAAUCCUGGCUAGAUGGUCACAACCCAAAGCUAAAGGGGAUGUUGGUGAUUCCUAAGGGUUUGUUCUUGACUAACGAUGAAUAAAACAGAAAGACAAUGUGUUUUCACA